AGUACAUAGAGCAAUGAAAUUCUACUGGAACAGAGUGACAGGCAAUUGACCUUUGGUCAAGACCUUUUAUAAAUAAAGAGUCCAUAUACAGAAAGAGAGAUAAAGGCACCAGUAACUUGUGAAGGAGAAGACUAGAGAAAGGGAAAGAAGAAAGGGAAACAGGAAGACAGUGGGAAAGAGCUCUCACAGGGGGAAGGAAGAAAAGUGAGGGAAAGAGAGGGUGAAGAACCAAAAAAGCUCUCUUUCCAGUCCAUCUCUCCUUCCUCUAAUUUAUUUUGUCAUUGUUGUUACUCAUCAGGACAGCAGCAAUAUAUUAUCUUCUCAGCUAUGGAUAUGAUCUUUGGCAAGAACAAGAAGGAACAACCAGAGCCUGUAAGAGCCAAAAUCAAAGGUGAGCUGCCAACUUGGCUUCAUGGGACUCUUCUACGAAAUGGCCCUGGCAUGCACACAAUUGGGGAGACUACAUAUAAUCAUUGGUUUGAUGGUUUGGCCUUAUUACAUAGCUUCACCAUUGGAAACGGUGAAGUUCAUUACCGAAGUAAAUACCUCCGAAGUGACACCUACAAUUCCAAUAUUGAAGCCAACAAGAUUGUGGUGUCAGAGUUUGGAACUAUGGCUUAUCCAGAUCCCUGCAAAAAUAUAUUUUCCAAAGCUUUUUCCUACUUGUCUCAUACUAUUCCGGACUUCACCGAUAACUGCCUAAUCAACAUCAUGAAAUGUGGGGAGGACUUCUAUGCUACUACAGAGACGAAUUAUAUUAGGAAAAUCAACCCAGACACUCUGGAGACCCUGGAGAAGGUUGAUUACCGUGAUUAUGCAGCCAUAAAUGUGGCAACUUCUCAUCCUCACUAUGAUGCUCAAGGGAAUGUCCUCAACAUGGGUACAUCCAUAGUUGACAAGGGAAAAACAAAAUAUCUGGUGUUUAAAAUACCUCCCACGAUACCAGAGAAGAAAAAGAAGAAAAACAACUUAAAACACCUGGAAGUCAUCUGUUCCAUCCCGUCCCGCUCUCUUCUCAGUCCAAGCUACUACCACAGUUUUGGAAUUACUGAAAACUACAUAAUUUUUCUAGAGCAGCCCUUUAAGCUGGAUAUUCUAAAGAUGGCCACUGCCUAUAUCCGAGGUAUAAAUUGGGCUUCCUGCAUUACCUUCCAUGAAGAAGACAAGACUUACAUUCACAUCAUUGACCGAAGGACAAAACGGACCCUGCUGACCAAGUUUUAUGCUGAUCCUAUGGUUGUCUUCCAUCAUGUAAAUGCCUAUGAAGAAGAUGGCCAUAUUGUGUUUGAUGUCAUUUCCUAUAAGGACCACAGUCUUUAUCAGCUCUUCUACUUGGCAAACUUGAAUCAAGACUUUCAGCAGAACUCUAAACUUGCUUCCAUACCAUCCCUCAAGAGAUUUGUCAUUCCUCUUCAGGUGGACAAGGAUGCAGAAAUGGGUGAGAAUUUAGUCAAACUUGAAUCAACAACAGCAACUGCUCGGAAGGAAAAAGAUGACCAAGUAUACUGCCAAUCAGAAGAGCUAUAUGAAGGAAUCGAGCUGCCUCGUAUUAAUUAUGCUUAUAAUGGGAAAAAAUACAGAUAUGUUUAUACAGCAGAGGUGCAGUGGAAUCCAAUACCAACAAAGAUAAUGAAAUUUGAUGUUCUGACAAAGUCAUCAUUAAAAUGGGAAGAGGAGCAUUGUUGGCCUGCUGAGCCUGUGUUUGUGCCUGCACCUAAUGCACAACAAGAAGAUGAUGGUAUUAUAUUGUCAGUGAUUGUCUCCACUGAUCCCAAGAAACCACCCUUUUUGCUCAUACUGGAUGCAAAACAAUUUACAGAAUUGGCUCGGGCAUCAGUUGAUGCAGAGAUACACCUGGAUCUACAUGGGCUAUUCAUUCCCUCUGUGGUUUCUCCUGAAGAACACGAAGAUAAUGCACUUAUGAACUAAUUUAGUGAACUAACCUAGAGUAAUGCUACUUUAAUAGUUGGGAACAGACAAACUGUAGGAUCCUAUAGGACCAUGGAAUUGUUUUCCUUAACUGAUACAGUUUUAUUUGAUUUUUAUUCUUGGGAUUGUACAUUAAGAGUUAAGAAGAAAGCAAGGUUCAAUGCCUUUUAUUUAAUUUCACUGAAAUCAUAAUCGCAAUUAGAGGCAUCAUGGCAAAGGGUACAAAGGUAUCCUAGAGUAGAACUGCACAGGAUACAGAGGUACAGUCAAGAAGGCUUGUAAGGUCUGCUUCUAACAUACACUACUUAAGUAACCAUGACACUUAAGUUGUAAUGCCAAAGAAAACUCUAUAAUACUAUUAUUUAAGAAUGAAUUGCUAAUCUGUACUGGUGUAGAGAGUUCACACCAAUGAAAUUUUAAAAAAUUGGUUAAAAAUAGUAAUAAUACUAAAAUCUGACAUUUAGAUAGUGCUUUAAAAUUUGCUAAGCACUUAUGUACAUUAUCUCAUUAGAUCUUUAUAACUACUCUGAGAAGUAGGUAUUAUUAUUAUGUUUCUUUUACAGAUAAGGAAACUAAGGUCUUUUAACUAAUCUCCCAGAGAGGUUUAGGUUCAGUGAAUUAUCCUUAGUCAAACAGGUAGUAGAUAUCAAGAGAGAGGAAUUGAAUGCUGGUCUCUCCUGACAUAUAGUACAAUUCUCUUUCAAAUAUACCAUCUGCCUCUCAAAAGUCUAGGUUUGAAAUUAAUCAACAAAUAUUUGAGAGAAAAUUAUGUACCUAGCACUAAAAAAAAAUAUUUUUAUAAUGAGCAUCCAUCACAAAAAAGUCACUAUAAUAAAUUAUAUGUAAUAUUAAAGCAAUAUUGCUAUGCCACUUAUUAUGGGGUUUACCCAUUAGGAAUAGACAUAUUUAUCAGAAAGAAAAUGUUUUGAUUUGUUAAAGAGAUACUGGGCUAAAUAGAGUUUCUCUCCUUCCUAAAUCUUGGCCUUGUAUUUUUACUUAGGCUUCCUAUUAUAAAGCUACAUAAUUAGGGAACUGAUGUACCACCACAUAUGAGUUUCAUUGGCAGAAUUUCCAUGUAUCUUCAGUCCUCAGUUUCAGCAAAUGGUUUUUCAUAAAUUCUAUAUAUUGAUGUUGGGUUUUAAUAAAUAUGCUCCCUUUUGUUUAAUUAUGACUGUGUUUUUUAAAGUCCUGUCUCAAUUAUCUUUGUAUCUCACUUGUAUUCACACCCAAAUAAUUUGUUAAUGACUAAAAGCACCUCCAACAUUUACCUCAAGGCUUAGAGAAAUUAAAGAGAGAUAAAUGGUCUUCUGCUAUAAAAUAUUGGGUUUGGGCACCACUAAAAGUCAUUCUCUCCCUCCUCAGAUUGCUCAAGAAUGGUUUGCUUUUAUCUUCCCUUUGUCCCUAACACAUUUUUCCCAUGUAUCACACUUCUUUGUAUACAUGUGUAUCCCCUCUUUGAGUCAGGGAUUGUAAUUUAUCUCUGUCUCCAGUCCUGGAGCAUAGGACUUUGUACAUAACAAGCUUCUAAUAAAUAUUGAUUGAAAUGUA